AUGAAUAAAGAAGACUUUUCAAUUUUAUUGUAGCCAGUAGACUUUGGAAAAUUAUAGCUAAAAAAUAGAUUAAUAGUAGCCCCAUUAACAAGAAUGAGGACAGAUAUAUCUGGAAUUCCUAAUGACUUAAUGGCUAAGUAUUAUUCUAUGAGAUCAUCCUACGGAUUGAUUAUUACUGAAUCAAGUUCGGUUUCUCCUCUUUCAAAUUGUUUUCCAGGUGCAGGAAAUAUAUACAAUCAAGAGCAAAUGGAAGGAUGGAAAAAGGUUGUUUAAUAAACUCAUGAAUAAGAAGGUUUAAUUGGUAUUUAAGUUUUCCAUUGUGGUAGAUCAUGCGUUUCAAGUCAGAUAAAUGGAGAAACUCCAGUGGCCCCAAGUCCUAUAGCAAUUAGAGGAAAAGAUUUGAUUUCUAAUGAAGAAUAUAAAAUUCCUAAGGAGUUAAGCAUAAAUGAAAUAAAAGAAAUAGUUUAAUAAUUUAGGAAGAGUGCAGAGCUCUCUAAAUAAGCAGGGUUUGAUUUUAUUUAACUUCAUGCUGCAAAUGGAUAUUUAGUUGACUAGUUUUUAAGAGAUGAAAGCAAUAAAAGAACAGAUGAAUAUGGUGGUUCAAUAGAAAAUAGAUGCAGAUUUUUGUUAGAAAUAAUUGAUUAGUUAAUUGAUGUUUUUACAGCAGGAAGAGUUGCAAUAAGAUUAUCACCAAAUGAUCGUUUUAAUGAUAUGUAUGACUCAAAUCCUUUAGAGCUUAUGAGAUAUGUCUUAUCAGAGCUAGAUAAAAGAGAGUUAGCAUUUGUUGAAUUAAAGAGGGAUAAUCCAUAUGAAACAACUGUUUCAAAUAAUGACUCUCCAAGAAAGCAUCCAAGAGAACUUAUUCCUGAUUUUUUUAGAGAUUUAAGGAAAUUCUACUAAGGUAAUAUUAUCUGCAAUGACGGAGUAACUUUGUAAGAAGCCAAAGAGCUGAUUUCUCAAAAUAUUUGCCAUGCUGUGUCUUUAGGCACUUUAUCUAUUUCAAACCCUGAUUUACCUAUAAGAAUAUAAAAUAAUUAUGAAAUUAAUUAUCAUACUGAUAUGAACACAUGGUUUUACGGUGGAGCCAAAGGCUACACAGAUUAUUUACCUUAUAAAGAAAACAACUAAAAAUGA